AAUAAUAUGUAGAUGCGUCGGUAUUAAUUUUAGUUUGACUACAAGGCUAGUUGUAGCACUAAAUAUAAUGCCCUGCAGUUUGCAGAAAUUGACUAGGAAAGAAAGCCCCCAAAAUUGAAACAUGGCUUCAAAGGGCAAGGUCAUCAGUUGCAGAGCUGCUGUAGCGUAUGGUCCAGGGCAGCCCUUGGUGGUAGAACAAGUGCAGGUAGAUCCACCUCAGAAAAUGGAGGUCCGAAUUAAGGUACUCUUUACUUCCAUCUGCCACACGGAUCUCAGUGCUUGGAAAGGCGAGAGUGAAGCUCAACGAGCUUAUCCUCGAAUUCUGGGACAUGAAGCAUCGGGAGUGGUGGAGAGCGUGGGAGAAGGUGUAAUUGACAUGAAAGAGGGAGAUCAAGUCGUAGCGAUUUUCAAUGGUGAAUGCGGAGAGUGCAUAUAUUGUAAAUCAUCAAAGAAAACCAACUUGUGUGGCAAGUUCCGCGUCAAUCCAUUCAAAAGUGUGAUGGAAAGUGACGGAAAAUGCAGGUUCAGGAACAAGGAUGGCAUACCCAUUUAUCAUUUUCUUAAUACUUCAACAUUUACCGAAUACACUGUUGUUGAUUCUGCUUGCUUAGUCAAAAUUGACCCUCAUGCCUCACUUGACAACAUGACUUUGCUUAGCUGCGGCGUAUCCACUGGUCUAGGGGCUGCGUGGAACACGGCUGACGUUCAAACAGGGGAAACGGUGGCAGUCUUUGGAUUAGGAGCUGUUGGUUUGGCCGUUGUUGAAGGGGCACGGACCAGAGGCGCCUCGAAGAUCAUAGGAGUGGAUAUUAACCCUGAAAAACGUAUUAAAGGUGAAGCAAUUGGAAUUACUGACUUCAUCAAUCCCAAAGAAAUCGAUGUGCCCGUCCAUGAGAAAAUAAGGGAAAUGAGUGAGGGGGGCGUGGACUAUAGCUUUGAGUGUGCUGGAAAUAUGCAAGUUCUUCGAGAGGCAUUUUUAUCCACACAUGAUGGAUGGGGCAUGGCAAUCGUUUUAGGAAUUCAUCCGACACCAAAAUUGCUAUCACUCCAUCCAAUGGAACUGUUCGAUGGCAGAAGGAUUGUGGCUUCUGUCUUUGGUGACUUCAAAGGAAAAUCCCAACUCCCUUUUUUAGCUGAACAAUGCAUGGCUGGGGUGGUCAAAGUAGACGAGUUUAUUACUCACAGACUACCAUUUGAGAAGAUCAAUGAAGCUUUUCAACUGCUUCUCGAUGGCAAAUCCUUGAGAUGCCUUCUUCAUCUUUCCUAAUAGUAACAAAUUUAUUAAAGCAAUUCCUCCUAUCCUUUAUUCUAUUAUUCUGCACUUUCAAAUAUCUUGUAUUUACUUUCUACAUGUUUUAUCAAUGGAGUAAAUUUUAUAAAAAUAUAUUUGCAUAA